CGAUGUGAAAGGUCAGCCGAAGCCGUUUCUUCUUCCUUUACUGUCAGAGGCUGCCAGUGAGUGCGGGAGUGAGUAGUUUUGCCGUGGCUGUAAUCCCUCUCCAUCGAGAUGGGCAAAUUUAUGAAACCCGGGAAAGUAGUAAUGGUCCUGGCUGGACGCUAUGCUGGACGCAAGGCAGUUAUUGUAAAGAACAUUGAUGAUGGCACCUCUGACAGGCAGUACAGCCACGCCCUGGUUGCUGGUAUUGACCGUUACCCACGCAAAGUGACCACCACAAUGGGCAAGAAGAAGGUUGCCAAGAGGUCUAAGAUCAAGGCCUUCGUGAAAGUCUACAAUUAUAACCAUCUGCUGCCAACCAGAUACUCUGUUGAUAUCCCCAUGGACAAGACCGUAGUCAACAAGGAUGUGUUUAGGGACCCAGCCCUGAAACGCAAAGCUAGACGUGAAGCCAAGGUCAAGUUCGAAGAGAGAUACAAGACCGGCAAGAACAAAUGGUUCUUCCAGAAGCUUCGAUUCUAAACUUGCUCCAAUGUUCCAAUAAAUUUCUAAAAUCCA